AUGAAGAAGAAAUUAAAAAUUAACAAUUUAUUAAUGAACUUAUAUUUGGUUUUACUACUUUUAACCAGUAUUUCAUCAUCAUUGACUUUAAAAGUCUAGUAAAGAUGCAUUGUUGAUGGAGUUUAAUACAACCAUCCCCUCAUGUAAGUAGUAAUAAUGUUUAUAGGCGAAGCAUUAAAUUACUUUAAUUUUCUAUUUUAUAAAUGGAGGCAUCGAGGGGCAUAUGAAGCUUAAAAAAAGUAUGAAAUAGAAAAAAUGGGUAAAAUAGAAAAAAUGGGUAAAAUAGAAAAUGUAAAUAAGUUAAUAUUUGCAAUUCCAGCUUUUAUUGAUUUUUUUGGUACUUUUCUUACUUUAGUUGCUAUGUCAAUGCUACCAUUUUCCUUUUAUUACAUGAUACGUGGAGGAAAUAUUAUAAUUACAGCUAUUUUUUCUGUUCUCUUCUUAAAAAAAAUACUUUAUAAGCAUAAUUUUGUCGGAUUGCUACUGAAUUUCUUAGGAUUCUUGACAGUAGGUAUUUCUGCAAUUUUAACUUCUGACACAGAUUAAGAUUCUACUUAUCUUAUUGUUGGAGUUGUAUUGAUUAUAGUUACUUUUUUUACUACUACUUGCUAACUCGUAUUUGAAGAAUUGCUUUUUAAAAAGUAUUACUUGCAUCCUCUUGAAGUAGUUGGAUGGGAAGGAUUUUGGGGUAUAAUAAUAUCCCUACUAGGAUUAGCUUUAUUUUCAAACAUUCCAUGCAUUAGUAAUGUAUAAUAAUGUCCAAGUGGCAAAAUGGAAGAUGUUCCUCAAUUUUUUGAAAGUGUUUUUAAUUUAAAUGGGACAGAUUAACCUAAAUUAAUAAUAAUGAUAAUUUUGAGCAUGAUAUUUAUGAUGAUGCUCAAUGGUUUUAGUUUAACUGUGACAAAAUACUCUGGCUGUUUAACAAGAGCUGUAGUAACUGCUGUGGCCCCAUUCAUAGUAUGGAUGUUUACUAUAAGUAUAGGUUGGGACGAUUUUAAUUACGGUUAAUUUGCAGGCUAUACUAUAUUAACAGUGGGAGCAAUGAUAUAUUGUGAAGUUUUAGUAAUCCCCUUCUGCGGAUUAGAUUCCUUCAAAAAUAUUCCAAGUGCAAAAAUAUUAAUGAAAAUUCCAGAUUAAAAAUAGUCUUCUUAAUAAUCUCCUCUUCCUAGUACAGCAAGAAAAUGCUUAUUUGUAACUGCAUGCUCGGAAAACCUCAAUACAGAAACUGAGAAAAUGGCUUAUUGA